UGUCAACAUCUUUGGUUCCAGCACAGUCAGCUGAAAUCCAGGCUCCGACUCAGAACUCAGCACUCAGAUCGCUUUUAACAGAAAGAAUCGUUUUUCUCUGGUAUACUCACUAACUCGGCUCUGAAUAAAAAGGUGAAGUGAGAAAUUUAAAUGCCGCUUGGAAACAUUCUUGACAGUGAAUAUGGCAAGGAUGAUAUAUCUUAAAGGGCUACUGUCUGGAGUGGAUCAUGCCCCCUAGAUAACAGACUCCACCUCUUCACUUCGGGCUGUUGGCCCCUCCUGUUUGGAGAGCAUGCCUCCCCGGAAGCGCACACGCCCCGCCCUGGGCUUCCUGUGCUGCCUCAACAGCAGUGAGCCCCCUGAGAUUAACCUGAAGGACAGUGUGCCCCUACAGCUCUUGGAGUUCAGCGCUCCUAUGCCCUCGGAGGAUGAACUACAUGCCCGCUUCUCUGAAUUAGUGGAUGAAUUGGAUCUCACAGACAAGAACAGGGAAGCCAUGUUUGCUUUGCCUGCUGAGAAGAAAUGGCAGAUAUACUGCAACAAAAAGAAGGAACAAGAGGAUCCCAACAAGCUCGCUACCAGCUGGCCUGACUACUACAUAGACCGCAUCAACUCCAUGGCAGCUAUGCAGACACUUUUCGCAUUUGAUGAAGAGGAAAUGGAGAUGCGCAACAAGGUGGUAGAGGAUCUAAAAACAGCGCUCCGCACUCAGCCAAUGAGGUUUGUGACACGCUUCAUAGAGCUGGACGGCUUGACGUGUCUUUUGAACUUCUUGAAAAGCAUGGACUAUGAGACCUCAGAGAGCCGCAUCCACACUUCCAUCAUCGGCUGCAUCAAAGCCUUGAUGAACAACUCCCAGGGCCGUGCCCACGUGCUGGCCCACCCACAAAGCAUCAACACGAUCUCCCAGAGCCUUCGUCAGGACAACAUCAAGACCAAGGUGGCCGUGCUGGAGAUCCUGGGUGCAGUUUGCCUGGUGCCAGAUGGCCAUAAGAAAGUGCUACAGGCGAUGGCUCACUACCAGAAGUACGCUGCUGAACGCACACGCUUCCAGUCUCUUCUCAACGAGUUGGACAGGAGCACAGGACACUACAGAGACGAAGUCAAUCUGAAGACGGCCAUCAUGUCUUUCAUUAAUGCUAUGCUGAAUGCUGGGGUUGGAGAGGACAGUCUGGAGUUCCGUCUUCAUCUUAGGUAUGAGUUUUUAAUGUUGGGAAUUCAGCCGGUCAUCGACAAGCUGAGAGCUCAUGAUAAUGCCACGCUUGACAGACAUCUGGACUUCUUUGAGAUGGUGCGGAAUGAGGAUGAGUCCGAACUGGCCAAACGCUUUGAAAUGACACAUGUGGAUACCAAGAGUGCCGGUCAGAUGUUUGAGCUGAUCAAGAAGAAAUUAAGCCAAACAGAUGCUUACCCCAACCUGCUAUCUAUCCUACAACAUUGCCUCCAAAUGCCAUAUAAACAUGGGACAGGUAGCUUACAGCAAUGGCAACUUCUAGACCGCAUCCUUCAGCAAAUUGUUCUGCAGGAUGACAAGGGAGAAGACCCAGAUGUUUCACCUCUGGACAAUUUCAACGUUAAGAACAUUGUUAGAAUGCUUGUCAAUGAGAAUGAAGUCAAACAGUGGCGAGACCAGGCAGAAAAGUUCAGAAAAGAACAUGUAGAGUUGAUGGCUCGUCUGGAAAGGAAAGAGAGGGAGUGUGAGACCAAGACACAGGAGAAGGAGGAUAUGAUGAAGACUCUCAACAAGAUGAAGGACAAGUUGCAGAGGGAAGGCGUGGAGUUGCGCUCAGCCAGGGAGCAAGUUUUAGACCUCUCCUCCCGCUUUAGUGACAUUUCAAGUGGUGGAGUUCCUUUACCCAUUCCCCCUCCACUCACUGGGAGCCUGAUGGCUCCACCCCCACCACCUAUGAUGAUGGGUGGUUUCCCUCCUCCUCCUCCUCCUCUCCCUUUCUCCAGCCCGCCACCACCUCCUCCACCUCCCCCUGGGGGUCCUCCUCCCCCACCAGGAGCCCCGCCCAUCUUCUCCGGGGUCCCGCCUCCCCCCGGACCUACUUCCAUCAGUUCCACCUCCAGCCUGCGCACAAAGAGCAUCCCACAACCUUCACAGCCACUCAAAUCUUUUAACUGGUCUAAACUGGUUGAGAACAAGAUCACUGGUACCAUCUGGCAUGAGAUUGAUGACAGAAGGGCUUUUAAAGUUCUCGACCUGAAGGAUAUCGAGAAGAUGUUUUCAGCUUAUCAGAGGCAGCAAGAGCUGCUCACUAACCAAUCCUUCAAGCAGAAAGAGACAGGCUCUAUGGAUGACCUAUACCUGAGCUCACGCAAAGUCAAAGAGCUGUCUGUCAUCGAUGGGCGGAGGGCCCAGAACUGUGUCAUCCUGCUCUCCAAGUUAAAAAUGAGCAAUGAGGAGAUAAAGAGAGCCAUUCUAGAGAUGGACGAGAGAGAAGAGCUUGCUAAAGAUAUGUUAGAACAGCUGCUGAAGUUUGUUCCUGAGAAAAGUGAUAUUGACCUUCUGGAAGAACACAAGCAUGAACUUGAGCGCAUGGCCCGGGCUGACUGCUUCUUGUUCGAGAUGAGCAGAAUUGACCACUAUCAACAAAGGCUGCAGUCUCUUUUCUUCAAAAAGAAGUUUGCAGAGCGUCUGGCAGAGACGAAGCCCAAGGUUGAAGCGAUUCUGUGCGCGUCGCGUGAGGUGGUGAAAAGUAAACGUCUGACGCAGGUUCUGGAAGUGGUCUUGGCUUUCGGGAACUUCAUGAACAAAGGACAGAGGGGCAAUGCCUACGGUUUCAAAGUGUCCAGCCUCAACAAGAUCGUAGACACCAAGUCAAGUAUAGACAGGAACAUCACCAUGUUGCACUACCUGAUCAUGAUCUUUGAGAAGAACUUUUCCGACAUCCUCAACAUUCAACAGGACCUGGUCAGCAUACCAGAGGCUGCCAAAGUCAAUUUGUCUGAGCUGGAGAAGGAAGUGUUCAGCAUUAAGAGUGGCCUGAAAGCUCUGGAGGUGGAAUUACGGUACCAGCAGAGCCGAGCACACGAUCGGGGAGACAAAUUUGUCCCGGUGGUCAGUGACUUUAUCACAGUCGCUAGCUUCAGCUUCUCUGAACUCGAGGAUCUACUUAAUGAAGCCAAGGACAAGUUCUCAAAGUCUUUAAAGCAUUUUGGAGAAGAGGAGGGUUGCAUGCAGCCGGACGAAUUCUUUGGAAUCUUUGACACUUUCCUGCAGUCGUUCAGCGAGGCCAGACAGGAUCUGGACAAUAUGCAGAGACGCAAGGAGGAGGAAGAGAGGAGAGUGCGCAUGGAGGUCAUGCUCAAGGAGCAGCGGGAACGAGAGAAACGAGCAAAGAAAAGCACAGGAGGAAGUGUGUCAGAGGAGGUGGGCGAGUUUGAUGACCUUGUGUCAGCGCUUCGUUCCGGUGAAGUUUUCGACAAGGACUCUAAGCUCAAACGCAAUCGUAAGCGCUCCGUUAACCAGCUGGUGGACGACGGGGGUCGUGAACGGCCAAUCACCAAGGUCAACUAUUGACCUCUGUGAAUAUGGUCACAAGAAGUCCAGACUUUCAUAUUCACAGAAUCGCACACCUGAGGCAAACUGUCUUGAAAUGCCAUACACUGCCCUCUUUUACCCAGACUAACUGACAAGCUUAAAGAUGGAAAAGUUCACUGUAAGAUCUUGUUUGGCCUGAAUUUCCACAGACCCAUGUGAAGGAUAUCCUGCAAUCUCUCUCCUCUAUUUUCUACUUUUCAGUCUUCCUCCAUUAUGUGCAUUUGAUUUAAACUUCCAAGAACCUGAGUUCCAACCUGGUCAGACAGACUAUAUAUGUACUAUAUGUACAUGAAGUGCUGAAGCAGUUUGUCUGAGAAGUGCCAGAGGAAAUCUUUCUGGUUGAAGAGUAGUUCUAUCUGGUGGUGGAAGGUCUUAAAAUACAAGACAUGGACAUCUUCUGAGUCACUUGUAGUAUCCAGAUGGUUAUUCCUUUUAACCUGCCAAGGUUGUUGUCCUUUCUCGGCCACCCAUUCCCUCUCACAUCAGCCUCUUUAACUUUAGGAGAUUGAGAAAACCAUCUUUGGAAAUCUGGGCAAUAGCAACACUUUAAAUUUCAGAUCCAAUUGUGCUUUUCAAUUUAAAGGAGGUAGUUGAUGCUUCUUAAACAUGGAGAUGGAGACAAAUGAGUUGUGAGAAGAAAAAAAAAGAAAA